AAUUAGUCAUCGAAACGGAAAGGCCGAGGUACGAUGGCUAGCUUCUACGGCGGCCCAUGCCGGAUGCCCAAGAAGACUUGGAGGUCCAUAUACAGAUGCUUGACGACCGAGGGCCGACGAAAGGAGGAAAAACAUAAAUAUUCCGUGCUACGAACCAUUGCCCAUUAAAAAUCAAUCGAUCAAAAUGUCUCCAACUCCUCAAUGGGUGAAAGAUUUGAAGCCCUCUCCUCCCCAAGGCACUGACCUUCUCGCAGCGGAGCGAGAGAAGUCCAAGGUCGCUGUGGAGAAAUUGUCCGAAUUUCUCUUCACCAAGGAGGUACUGGAGCGUCAAGACCGUAUCUUGAAGAUCCUGCAAGCCGAGAAAGUCUUCGACAAAUCCCAGAAUUACUUCGAUGGCCGCGUCGACCGAUUCAAGGCCUCCCUGGCCCGGGCCAAGAGACUGAGGCAACUUCAAGUCAAGCAUAAUUGGGAUCCAGAAGAAUAUAUGUGUGCCAACGAGCUUAUAUCAGAGCCUACUCCAUACGGGCUUCAUGCGUCGAUGUAUUUGACAACACUCCGAGACCAAGGUACGCCAGAACAGCACAAACUCUUCCUCGAACCCGCAGAGAAUUACAAGGCGAUUGGAUGCUAUGCACAGACCGAACUCGGUCAUGGCAGCAAUGUUCGUGGGUUGGAAACGACCGCAACCUGGGACUUUAAAACCAAGUCAUUCAUCCUACACUCGCCCCAUCUUACAGCUUCGAAAUGGUGGAUUGGUUCUCUUGGACGGACUGCAAAUCAUGCUGUCGUUAUGGCACAGCUGAUUAUUGGCAACAAGCCCUUUGGCCCACAUCCUUUCGUCUGUCAGAUCAGAGACAUGAAGACCCACGAACCCCUCGAAGGCGUUCACGUUGGAGAUAUCGGUCCUAAGUUUGGUUACAAUACAAUGGAUAACGGAUUUCUCCUUUUCAACCACGUUCGAAUUCCCCAUGUCAAUAUGUUGGCACGGUUCUCUUCCGUUGAUCCUGAGUCUGGCAAAUACAUCAGACCUUCUUCACCCUCUCUCAUCUAUGGCACUCUAACUUGGGUACGAUCAACAAUCGUGCUUCAGUCAGGUGGCGUCUUAGCGCGGGGUAUUACGAUCGCAACAAGAUAUGCAGCUGUCCGACGUCAAUUCCAGGACCGAGAUGCGCCUUCAGAUGCACAUGGUGAAAAUCAAGUCCUCAAUUACACCAUAGUUCAAUUCCGUUUGCUUCCUCUACUUGCAGCAACAUUCGCUCUACACUUCACUGGAAAGGCUAUGAUGGCAUUGUACCAAGAGAACCAGAAGAAGAUGCAAUCAGAUGUUGGAAAAACCUCGGACAUCAACAGGGGAGCUGGCCCAGAGGAGACACACUCCGGGAGCGAUCUGCUUGCCGAUCUUCAUGCUACAUCCUGCGGCCUCAAAGCUCUCGGUAGCACCACGGCAGCUGAAGGACUCGAAGUAUGCCGAAGAGCCUGUGGUGGCCACGGCUAUUCGAGUUUCGGAGGAAUUGGCGCAUGGUAUGCGGAUUAUCUACCAACCACAACUUGGGAAGGUGAUAAUUAUAUGUUGACUCAACAGGUUGCUCGAUAUUUAUUGAAAUCCGCACGUGCUGUUCUGAAGGGCAAUGCUCCAAACAACGAUACGACUCGAAUCUUCACCACCUUCCUUCAGAAACAAGAUAUGGGUGCUGCUCACGACGUUCUUGGUUCAGACAGCGAUCUUGUGGAUGCCUUCGCCUGGCGUACUUCUUUCUUGACAUUCGAGGCUCUGAAACAUCGAGACACUGAGAAAAACUCCUGGAACUCUUUGUUGGUUGAUUUCUGGCGCCUUAGCACCGCUCACUCAGAAUAUCUUGUGGUCAAGAACUUCUACGAUGCGCUCCAAAGUCAGAGUCUGCAAUACGAGCUCGACCCCGCCACGAUCGAUGUUCUGCACAAGCUCUUCCGUCUCUAUGCACUCAACACACUUGAGAAAGGCGCUUCCGAAUUCUAUUCCUCGGCUGCUGUCACCGUUCGCCAGAUUCAGUUAGCAAGGACUAAGACUGUCAUGAGACUGCUCGAGGAGGUCAGACCUCAUGCUUUGAGACUUGUAGAUGCUUGGAGAUUCCCUGAUUGGCAACUUGACUCUUCACUAGGUCGCAAGGAUGGCAAAGUUUAUGAGGAUAUGUUUUACCGGGCCAGUGAGCUCAAUCCACUCAAUGGGUUGACUGUUGAUCCGUACCCGGAUAGUGAUGUGUUGAUUAAGAAAGAUGAGACGGCAAAAUUUAGGAGCAAGUUGUAAAUUGUAAAUGGGGGCUUUGUAUAUAUAUAUGUUGCUCCCCUGCUUGAAUAUGAUUGGAAGGAAAAGUCUCAACUCAGCUCAGUCUUGGCUCUGGAACAGAAUUCACAUCUGCAUCAUUCCG